CAGACAUGCGCGUUCAUGCAGCCGCGGUCAGAAUUGAAGCCCCGCCCCUACUUCCUCUCAGCGAUCCCAUAAUGCAAUUCGUUCUCUCAGUCUUUCAAGGGGAAUCUUUGCUAAGGACGCGUUUAGCUGUAGACUUGCCACCGAGUUUUGGUGAAAGAUGGCUGAGCUAAUUGAGGGGAAGAUUAAGAGUUACAGAACGGCGCCUUUCGACGCUCGCUUUCCCAACACCAAUCAGACAAGAAACUGCUUCCAGAACUACCUUGACUUUCACAGGUGUAAUAAGGCACUGACAGCAAAAGGACAGGACGUCACUCCCUGUGAUUGGUACCAGAGAGUCUUCAAGAGCCUGUGCCCUAUCAGCUGGGUUGAGAAGUGGGAUGGACAGAUUGAGGACGGAACCUUCCCUGGAAAGAUCUAAACAGCAAUAGCCUGCGGUCUCCUUUUCUUGAGAUUACCUCAAUAAUUAAACAUGUUAACUUUAUUCAGUUCAACUGUAUGGGGAGGUGAUAUCUUGUGACCUUUGACCAACAGCUUUCAAUGGUUCACACUGUUUAGUUUAGUCACUCUGUCUUAUUCUUACUGGUUGCAUAAUAAAGAUGCACGAUGUUAAUGAA